CAGCACACUGCUUGUCUGCUUCGCUGCCUCCCAGUCCCUGGUUUUAAUUAGGGUUUUCCACCACCGCACCUCACCUCUUAGCUAAGCUUCCACUCGCUUCUCCUUCGCCGCCGUUAAAGAUGCCUUCCAAGGACGACGGCGCCGCCGAUAAGGAGAGGAACCUCGAUCUCUUCUUGAAGGUCGGACUGGAUGACCGGACGGCCAAGAACACCAUCGCUAACAACAAGGUCACCGCCAAUCUAACCGCCGUUAUUCACGAGGCUGCGGUUACCGAUGGAUGUAGUCGGAGCGUCGGUAAUCUUCUAUACUCGGUUGCUACGAAAUUUCCAGCAAAUGCCCUUGUGCAUCGGCCGAAAUUGGCAGAGUACAUUGUGUCUUCAAAGAUUAAAAUGCCGGCUCAGUUAGACGCGGCUUUAUUAUUUUUUGCAAAUACAGGGCCAGGAAACUUUGAAAUAAGUGAAUUUGAAGAAGCAUGUGGUGUUGGUGUUGAAGUUUCAAAAGAAGAAAUCAAGAAAUCUGUUGAUGAGGUUUUUGAAGAGAAUAAGACUGCAAUAUUAGAGCAGCGCUAUAAAACAAAUGUGGGUGACUUAUUUGCACAUCUUAGGAAGAGACAUCCAUGGGCUGACCCAAAAAUUGUAAAGGCAUCAAUUGAUACAAAGUUGCGUGAAUUGCUUGGUGAAAGGACUGCUGAAGAUGAUGUAAAGGUUCCUAAAAAGAAGAAAGAGAAGCCUGCUAAAGUAGAGGAAAAAGCUAUUGCUGUUUCUACCCCUGAACAACCAAGUGAAGAAAUUCUUAAUCCGUAUGCCAUAUUCCCUCAACCAGAAGAGAACUUUAAGGUUCAUACUUCAGUAUUCUUUAGUGAUGGUUCUAUUCUGAGAUGUUGCAAUUCAAAGGAACUCCUUGAAAAACACUUGAGUGUGACUGGGGGGAGAGUUUUAACUCGCUUUCCUCCUGAACCAAAUGGAUAUCUACAUAUAGGCCAUGCCAAGGCAAUGUUUAUUGAUUUUGGCCUGGCUAAAGAGAGAGGUGGUAGCUGCUAUCUGAGGUUUGAUGACACAAAUCCGGAAGCUGAGAAAAAAGAAUAUAUUGAUCAUAUUCAGGAAAUUGUCAGUUGGAUGGGUUGGGAACCGUUCAAGAUAACUUACACUAGUGAUUACUUUCAAGAGCUGUAUGAUUUGGCAGUAGAGCUCAUACGACGCGGUCACGCUUAUGUUGAUCAUCAGACGGGGGAUGAGAUAAAGGAGUACAGGGAGAAAAAGAUGAACAGCCCUUGGAGGGACAGGCCAAUUGAAGAGUCGCUUAAACUUUUUGAGGAUAUGAGGCGUGGCGCUAUUGAAGAAGGGAAAGCGACUUUAAGAAUGAAACAAGAUAUGCAAAGUGAUAAUUUUAACAUGUAUGACCUCAUUGCAUAUCGGAUCAAAUUUACUCCUCAUCCGCAUGCUGGAGACAAGUGGUGUAUCUAUCCAAGUUAUGAUUAUGCUCAUUGCAUUGUGGAUUCUCUUGAGAAUAUCACCCAUUCGUUGUGCACUUUAGAAUUUGAGACACGCCGUGCUUCAUACUACUGGUUAUUGCAUUCUCUGGGCCUAUAUCAACCGUAUGUUUGGGAAUAUUCAAGACUGAAUGUCAGUAACACUGUUAUGUCAAAGCGUAAGUUAAAUCAACUAGUGACUGAUAAGUGGGUUGAUGGUUGGGAUGAUCCACGUCUUAUGACACUGGCUGGUUUACGACGUCGGGGUGUUACAUCGACUGCCAUUAAUACGUUUGUUAGAGGAAUUGGGAUUACAAGAAGUGAUUGUAGUAUGAUUCAUCUGAGUCGUCUUGAGUACCACAUCAGAGAAGAGCUUAAUAAAACAGCUCCCCGCACAAUGGUUGUGCUCGAUCCUGUAAAGGUCGUCAUUACCAACUGGAAAGAUGGUCUCAUAAAAGACUGUGAAGCAAGAAAGUGGCCGGAUUUGGAAGCGGAGUCCUACAAGGUUCCAUUUUCCAAAGUGUUUUACAUUGAGCGCUCCGAUUUUCGCCUUAAGGACUCAAAGGACUACUUUGGACUUGCUCCUGGAAAAUCUGCCCUGCUCAGAUAUGCAUGUCCUAUCAAGUGUGUGGAUGCUGUUUUAGCCGAGGAUAAUCAGUCUGUACUUGAGAUACGGGUUGAGUAUGAUCCAGAGAAGAGGACAAAGCCAAAGGGGGUGCUGCAUUGGGCCGCUGAACCUUCUCCUGGGGUUGAUCCACUCAAAGUGGAAGUUCGAUUGUUCGACAGACUAUUCAAGUCGGAGAAUCCUGCUGAGCUUGAGAAAGACUGGCUUUCUGAUCUGAAUAAUGAAUCAAAAGUUGUGAUACCAAAUGCAUUUGCUGUUCCAUCACUUGGGAAUGGUGUUGGUGUUGGUGACACAUUUCAGUUCGAAAGACUUGGCUAUUUUGUGGUCGACAAAGAUUCAACUCCUGAGAAGCUUGUAUUUAAUCGUACGGUCACGCUGCGUGAUAGCUACAAGAGUGGGAAGUAGGUCUUAUCUUUGGAAGCCUCAACAGGGAAAAAAAAAGUGGGUAGUUUUAUCGCGAAAGUUGACCUCUGUUUUUAAUCAUGUUUAGACAGUUGAUGUUAUUUCAACCAUACUGUUUGUGUAUAUUUCAAACCAAUUAUACUACAAAGUUAUAUAUACAAUUAGCAUUGCAUUGUUGUCAUCCUA